UCAAAUAGAGAGAGAGAGAGAGAGAGAGUUGAUUCAAUGGCGAAGUCGCACGACGUGGUUUAAUGCGACAUCGGCGUGUAAAAGAUUGGCAUCAAUUCGCAUUUUCAACGAAGCAGCAAACAAUAAAAUAAAGGGGAUUUCGCAUUCAAACGGCGCGAUUCUGUGUGUAUGUAUCAACGCACACCUGAAUCAUGAUCUGCAUUUUGGUAACCUUUUUCAACAUAAUGAGAUACUAUGUUAUUUAACGUGAAUAUUUGAAGGUACAUGUGAGUGUUGAUCGGUUGGAGAUGGCGGAGGGGACAUACGUGAAGCUGACCAAAGACCAGGUAUCUCUGCAAGAGAUCACCCCAGGCGAACUCAAUCAGCCCAUUGAUAUUGCAGCGAUAAAUGCUCCUAGAUGUGAACAAUGUGGACAAACUCUGCCACCGAGCUAUUGUCCUCCAGCUGAUGAAGAUUGGGUAACUGGGAUUUUCGGUUGCACUGAGGAUCGUGACAGUUGCCUAACAGGAAUGUUUUGCCCCUGUGUACUGUUCGGGCGCAAUGUUGCAACCUUGAACGACGACAUCCCUGAGCGAAGUGCGUGCAUCAGUCACGCUGUAUGCAUUGAAGGUGGCAUUGCUCUUGCUAUCGCCACCGCAGCCUGCAACGGUAUAGAUCCAGACACGGCCUGCCUCCUAACCGAAGGCUUGCUAUUUGCAUGGUGGGUCUGUGGCAUCUACACCGGCAUGGGCCGACAACUGUUGCAGAGAAAAUAUCACCUAAAGGAUUCACCUUGUGAUCCUUGUAUGGUGCACUGCUGCCUCCACUGGUGUGCGAUAUGCCAGGAGCACAGAGAGAUGAAGAAUCAUCUGGCGGAGGGCACUGCAUCCGAGGCGACGGUGGUAAACCCGCCGCCACGGCAGGAGAUGAACGCUGCUGAGAAACAUGAGGAUCAAGGCUCAACUUCACACCAGAGUGGGGAACAUAAUAAUCUGCAGUUACAACCUAUGUGAAAUUCCUUAACAAAAACUAUGCUAAAAGUUUUCAUUUUUUGAGGGGAAAAAAGUAUAGUUUCUUUGGGCAUAAUAAAGCGAGAGACACGAAGCAUAUUGGUCUUACGAUACUUUUCAUAGUUCGAGAUAGAGUAUAUCAGAGUUUUAUUCUUUUGCAAUGGUUGAAACUUACAUAUCUGAAAAA